AUGGGUUCGGUAGACGACGACCAAGUGCCCUCGAGUCUCUUCGGAUCUUUGCCAGCUCGACCGCCCACCCCUCCAAGAGAAACACACGGUCAUGAACUCGACUCCCUGCCGAAGCAGCUCAUUAUUCCCCAGCAGCUCGGCGUCCCUCUCCGAAGCUUGCAGACUCCUCCAGGCAUCUCCCCGACAUCCUCAUCCAGCCGCUCGACCACAAGGAGGAAACGGGUCGGCUUCUCCUCCCAAGCCCAAUACCAAGAACCUCCGACCUACAAAGCCAGGAGCUCUGCCACAAAACAGAACCCAAGCCCUCUUUCUCUGCCCUCCAGUACUUCGAGGCCCGUCAAGGGCAUACUGAAGCCCUGUCCGACACCAAACAGACUCGGCCCCGCACAUGGGGUCUACCUAGGCGAUGACAGCUCCGACCAGGUCAAUAUCGCCGACAUGUUGGAAUCAACACUCCAGCAGCUUGCAGGCGCCGACAGGGAGUGCAAGGUCGAUGCCUACACCAUGCUCUUCCGCGGCCUCAAGACGUCGAGCAACCUGCCUGAUCGCAUUGCCCUGCAGAACAAGAUGACCGUCUUUAUGCAGUUCAUACAACGGGACCUCACUGCCAGGACGCCAAACGGAUCUGUCGACAAUCUCCUGGUCACCUCCGCACUCAAGCUUCUCCAUACAUUCCUUCAUUUCCAUGGCAUUGCCUCCAGUAUCUCUUACGACUUUGGUGUCUUCAUGGUCGACCAUUCCGUCCGGACAUUUGAGGACCAGCAAGCCUCUAAAGAGGUCGUCAAGCAUCUCAUGCAGGCUCUGUUCCUACAGAACUUCCCAGCUGAGGUCAUGACCAUCGACCGUGUGGGCCGCCUUGUUUCCGCUCUCCACAACAUCGAGAACCACCUGUCCGGGAAGAGCAUCGUGCAAAGCCGCAUCGUUGUUUACGAGAAGCUGGUGAAACAGUGCCCGCAGCAGAUGACCGUUCACUCAGACUGGCUACAAGACUUAUUCACGGACAUGCUGAGCAGUAUUUCUGAAAUACGAUUGGCCUCAAUCAAGCUGGGUCUUUCUGCCGCCUUCGCCUUGAACAAGGACAGGAGGUUUGUUAGCCGGGUCCUCGAGCUUCUCAAUCUGUCGCUUGAGGACAAGAAGUACGUGGAAGAGUUCAGCGGGAGACUUCGUGUCAUGCUCCAGAACCCGCAGCAAGCCACGUCGGUACCGCGGAUAUGGAGUGUCGUAACUUUGUUCAUUCCAAAACCCCACCAGUGGGACUACUUCAGUUCCUGGUCGAGGAUCAUUCAACUGUCUUUCAACAACUCCAACCCCCAGGUUAAGAGAGAGGCGAACCUUGCUUGGAAUCGGUUCACGUACCGUCUCCACUUGGACGGUCGCCUGGUCUACAAUCUCAUCCGGGAUCCCCUAAUUAGUCUGCUGAAGCGGAAAGGCCUUCGCGACUCAGUCCUUGCGAGUAUCUGCAACUUCUACUACUAUGCCUUCAAGCCAGAUAUGAAUCUGAGGAUGUUGGACGAGACGUGGAAUUCGGCUGUCGCGCCUCUGAUGCAUGGGCUGAUUGAACAAGGCCAGGAUGACACUCCGGCCAUCACCCAAGCAGCUGCCAUAUUGACUGGUUUGAUCGACUGCCAAACACGUCGUGUAUGGAGGGAAGAUCGGAUCAUGGACCAGAGUCCGAUCAAGGCCGACGAGUUGCCAGCCAUCGAGUCGAAAUGGAUCAGAGCCAAUCCAGAACGCGUCUUUGCCCUCGUCGCCCCGAUACUGGAGAAGGAAUUUGCAGAAAUAUCUCGGCCUGACAGCCAAUUGCGAAAAUUGUGGAAGGCCCUUGUUCACUCCGUCGCCUCCGCCUCAACCAAGGAUGUCAAGCUGCAUGACGACACGGCCAAGUUCGUUGCCAGUGCUUUCACCUUUUUGCACAAGACCAGGGACGGCCAGUUCGUCGUACAUGGUGUACAAUCAAACCGCUCUGGGAAGAAGCAGGGAUCCAAGCGACUACCUCUGCAACAUCUCUUCUGUUUUCUAUCAAAACUACCGCCUAACAUUCCCGACGACGACACAUUCAUCGCCUUCUUUUCCUCCGUAUUCGCUCCUUUCUUCGACGGAAAAAGCCAAAAGGCGCAAGCAGACCUGAGCCAGGAACUUCUGCGUCUUUUACCCAUCGACACACCCUGUCCGUCUGGGCCGUGGGCGAUGGCAGCCGCAAAACUUUCGAUAUCACUCGAAAGCAGCCAGCACAGCCAUCAGAGCACAACUUCAGGAAGUGGUGGCAGCCUCGGGCUUGAAUUCCGCGAUGUCGUCAAGGUUCUCGAGCGCGGCUUGAGGUCAGUGCCAUGCUUGCCUUGGCAGCACUGGCUUCACCUGUUCCAAGCAAUCCUCCGCCGUGUUAGGGAUGAGACUGGCGAUGCCGGUGUGGCCAUUGCACUCAUCGAGCCAUUGGCCGCAGCUGUAAGGGAGAAGCUUUCCGACGAAAUUGACGAUGUAGUCUUGACAAAUUGUAUCGGAGCGACUAUCGAGCUCGUUGCAGCAUCUACACAGCCGCGUGACAAGCAGGCUGUCGAUGCCGCAAGACGACGUUUGUGGGGCACCUCGAAUGCAGGCAACCGUCUUUCAUCAUUCGAUCCCUUAGACAACAUGUACAAGCUUCUUGCAGAACUGUCUAAGAAGUUGUAUACUAACGUUGAAUCACACGCCUCUGGACCUAUUGAGCAGCUGCUGGAUGAGACGAAGGGCUUCUUUGACCGUGGGAACCGCCGACUUCUUCUUCGGACCCUGGUCGCCGUCCAAAGCGGCCUCUCAUGCUGGCUGGAGGAUAAGGAUCGCCGCAUCACUAGGGCCGAUUUCCCUAGUGUGGUGGAAGCGACUCAAUCCUUGUGGGGGCAAAUAUGCAGUGCUCUCAAGGACACAUCUGCUGAAAAGCUGGAACUUGAGAACAUUGAGCCACUGUUGUGCGCCGCGUUCCAGAGCACUCAUCUUAGUGUCGUCAAAGUUACAGCAGAAAUGUGGAAUCAUGUGUACGACCAUGCGCAGCACAUACAGUAUCCAGAGGCUUUGAAGAAAGCACUUGUUGCUCUCGGUUCUUCCGUGGAUAUCGUCCGCCCCGGACUGGAAGUUUUGAACGAUGGGUCGAAUACGCACCUCAACUUCGUGGAAUCCCAAGAAGAAGCGAACAGUUCCAUCGUCACACCCGCCAGGAUAGAACCAACCUCACGAUCUCAUUCCUCUACAUCACGACGAUCAGCCACCUCAAAUCUAUCAAAAUCAAUCCAGGUGGCGCAGAGCAGCCCUCUAGCUAGGAUCAAAUCGAAGGGACGGACACCAAAGCCUAAGCUUCGCCACGAGGACUCACAAGUGCAGUUCGCGGCCAUCGACUCUUCGCCAGCCCCUAUGGAAUAUGGGUCACAGUUGCUCACGGAACGCCAGAAGGAAACCAGAGAGCGACAGCGGGACACUGCUGCUUUGUUUCCAGAAAUGCGGUCCAGUCCGAGUACUGCGACGAAGAAAGCCAGGGCUGGGGCGAGUCAGCAUGAGCUCCCCCUUGAGUCGGGCGCGCUUGCGCCAGGUCGAGCCUCAACGCCAGAGCACGAUGGCGUAUUUGAAGAUUACCUGACCUCGACCCCAACGCCGCGACGAGGCCAGCCGAUGAUGUUGCCAGAGCAGGACCAGGAAAUGUCCGCGGACCCGCCAUCGUCGCCCCCAGAGCCGAGAGGCUACCGCCUGAUGGCGGAGCUGAAGACUCAAGCCAACAACACCAACUCUCUGGACGAAUGGCGGUUUUCCUCAUCUCCGUUGUCCGGCUCUCCAAAUCUAGCACAAGUGACGAAUUCCACAUCACAGCCAAUGGAAUUAGACGAGGUCAACGAGGAGCUGCAGCUGGACGAUGAGGCGAACGCCGCUGAGCGCACAUUUGAGCAAAAAGACGUAACGUCGUCACAGUUGGUGGUGGACCCUGAAGUGAUUGAAGAGACGACCUUCUUCCAUCAAGCAGCCGAGACCGAGCUGCCAGCUGGAAUAUCAACCGAGCUGCCUACACUCAAGUCACCAAUUACCCCUUCCGGACGGGUAUUGCGAUCCAAGACAUUCCAAGUAACCCCGAAAUCUGACAACGACGAGUUCGUGGAUGCCCCGAGUAGUCCUCUCCCGCCCACGCCGAGCCAGAGGGCCAGGCCAGACUCGUCGCACAUGGCCCUGCGCAGAUCUCCCCGGAGCAAAGCCAAUACCCAGUCAUUCAGCGUCAGCGAUUCUUUUGAGAACGGUAUGAGGAAUAUUGGAACGGGGCGGUUCGAAAUUGAAAUCAGGAGCUCGCCUAAGAAGAAGGACGUUCCGUCUUACGACGACAUUCUGCCCAAAUCGCUGGAGCACUCUGAAGAAGAGGUAGAGAAGGCCGAACAGGCAGAGAAGGCCGAACAGGCAGAGAAGGCCGAAGAAGCAGCCAAGGCUGCUGAAGAGGCAGCCCAGGGCCUGGAUUGCAUCACGGUCGAGGGUAUAUCACCCAGGCAGCUGCGCCGCGGUCGUUCAAAGAAACCCCGGCGAGAUUCGGUCUCGAGGAACUCCCAGACGUCACGAGAUGCCCAAGAAUCGUGCAGCUCACAGGCCUCGGUGGGCCGGCCUCGCACACCUGUCACUCAGCUAGCGAUGUCGAGCCUCCAGGAAGGCUUCGAGAAUGUUUCACCUGGCAGCGGCAGUUGGCUGAGGAAACGCAAGCGAUCAGUCUCGAUGCACAGCAGUGGCGACAAGAAACGGGGCCGUCAGGACUUCGUCCCCAAGGAAAACGAGGACGAGGUACCCGACAGCCAGCCCGCUGCUAUUGCCGAACAAGGUCGCGACACUGAGAUGCACACAUCCGAGCUGUAUGAGAACGACGUGUCACUUGCAUCUGGGCAAAGCCAAAGGAGCUCGCCGAAUCAGCCACAGACCGAGCGUGACAAGCAGACGAGCGAGACUUCGGACCACACUGACGAGGAAGAGCUUGUCCAGUCGCAGCUUGCCAGGGAGGAGAAGGAGGCAUCCGUGGAAAAGGAGGCCGCGGCACUGCUGAACAAUGUUGUAUCUGCACAGCUUGAAGCCGAACUGGUUGCACAGUUGGAGGAGCCAGCCGAGCACGCCGAGCAAGCAUUACAUGAUCAGGAGGCGCCCCAACAGCAGCAGCCUGCCGAGGCUUCACAAGGGGAUGCCAGCAAAUUUGACCGCCUCCGAGUGUUGCUCCAGGACGGCCUGGGCCUUUUGAGGUCAGCGGACCUGACGAGAGAGGAGACAAAUCAGCUUGAGGACAUGUUCAUGGACAUGAAGCAGGAGUUGUACCAGGCAGAGAGGCGUGGGAGAAAAUAG